GGCGUCUGGCAUCGAGGCUAGCGUUGUGCGCGCUCAUAUCAAAACUGGUACAAAGGCCUUCUGUGAUGCACACGGCGGAGGUAACGCGCCCGGCCUGGCAGAGGGAAGCUAAAGGCAACCAGAUGAUUCGCUCUACCGUCAUUCUGUUACUAGCAGUCUGGGCCGUCAUCCCCACAAGAAGGGCCAUCAUUAUCACAGGGGCCUGCCGGUCGGACGAAGACUGCAUGGAGGGGAAAGGAAGACCGGCAUGCUGCUCGCCACUCAACCCUUACACUCCUGUCAGGGUGUGCAAGCCGCUGGGCGCGGUGGGAGACCCGUGCCACACCGCCACCAACCGCAUGCGCUACCCGUUCCCGGGGAUACGCACCUUCUGGAGAUGCCCGUGCUUCGAAGGCUGGUGUGUCGCGAAACCCAACGGCAAGAUCGGGACUUGUGAAGUCGUGAUGUAGGGAGGCGUCCGUCCAUCUGUACGAGGUGUGCGCUAUGUCUUAAUCGGAGCCACCCACAACACUCCAGGAACAUUUUCUUACCAAGAAAAGUUUUAAGACAGUGUGAUAGUUCUUAUCAUCACUGACAGAAAUGUAGGGGUAGGAUAGCCUUUGUAAGGACAUAUCCUAGUUUUCAGACGAUGGAAAGAGGUCUUUUGGAACACAGAUAAAUAUCUAACUGACGUUGCCAAUUUGUGUAUGUGUUUUUUCUGUACGUCCUCUAUUCUAUCUACCUACUCUGAUACCACCCUGCAUUCAACUACAUUUGACAAAGAGAAUAUUGACAGUUAAAUUGUGAUUUUAUGUGUAAUUGUUGUUCAAUGGACUCUAUUUCCCAGUAGACGGGUUUAGAGGGGCAAAAGGUGUCAACACAACGAGAGACAUGUCACGAUUCAUUCCAUGGACGCACUACUGUGCAGCUCCAGGCAGUUGGCGGGAGGUACACUGUAAGCCCUUUUGACACAUGCUAAAUCCCAGAUUCACAGGCCCCUGGACUACUCAAUGCAUGUAGGUUAGAUAACACCGGUUCAACCUACACACAUAACCAUGCCUCGUCACAGCGCUUACAUAACUAUUGACAUCGGCCCCAUCAGCAUAAUUGCCUAAGGCACAUAUGAACCAUUCCUGAAAGAUAACUUGAAUACAUGCGUCAGUGCUUAAACGAGGGUGGACUCUUUCAUUGCAAUUUCCAUGGUACAUCAAAGGUCAGCCGAUCUUAUUCUAGCUGCAUGUGUUGAAGUCCUA